UUUUAAAUAUCAAAUAAAUAUUAAAUCUAAAACUCCAUUAGUUUUAAAAUUUCGCAUGUCUUCUUCACGUCUUUGAAAUGCGGUAAUCAAAGCAGGUUCGAGAUAGACUAAUUUUAAACCAACCUAAACACGACUCAACUGGUUCAAAAUUAUUAUAUUUUCUUUAAUUAAAAAAAUGAAGUUUUGCAUAUGUUCUUGGCUUGCCAUUGUUAAGGAGGGAGGUACCAAAAAAUUGGUUCUGCAAUUCCAUUACGUGACAUCCAGAUUGGAAACUGCACUCUCAAAUCUGCCAUACGACCACUUUUGUGUAGCAGACGAAGUACAAGAACAGGUUGAUUUGGUCAGAGCUCAGCUGAUGAGAGCAUCAAAGAACUAUGAGUCUAUGUCUGACCCCACACAUAAGAAGCUUGAAGCUACAGGUUCUGUAAAAGCCAUGAUCUUUCAUGAUGUCAAGACCAUGUCUAGUGUUGAUGAUGGAGAUCCAGGCUCUCAGCAUCGUCCUCCGAACCGCGACGAUCUGAUCCGUUUCGAUUCGGAUGAGCUGAAGAACUCAAAUGCAUGUUUCAAUGAGUGUUCAAGUGUUCAUUCUGAAAUGGAAGAUGUUCUAUCCAUCAAGAGCCAAGAUGAAGUUGGGAAGCUUGAUGUAAUUGAAAUUCCUGAGAACUUCUUAUGUCCCAUUUCCCUUGAAUUAAUGAUCGAUCCCAUCAUCGUCUCGACCGGACAGACAUAUGAAAGAUCCAACAUACAAAAAUGGAUAGACAGAGGAAAUACAACAUGUCCAAAGACUCAAGAGCAGCUUCAAUCUCUGAUCCUCACUCCAAAUUUUGCUAUGAGAAAUUUGAUCUCAGAAUGGUGUGGAGAACACAAUGUUAAUUUAGAGAAAGGAUUAACCAAUAGGAAACUUAAGAAGUACAGAUCAUUUGAGGACGGUUGCCGAAGGACGUUACCGAUCAAAACGUUGGUUCGACACCUUUCUUUCGGGUCGAUACAGGAGCAGAAGGCGGCAGUGACCGAGAUCCGACAGCUAUCGAAAAGCAGCUCAGAUCAUAGAGUUGAAAUAGCAAAAGCCGGAGCAAUCCCCCAGCUGGUUGUCCUUUUAACUUCAGAAGAUGUUGCAACACAAGAGAAUGCAAUUUCAUGCAUUUUGAACCUUUCACUUCAUGAGCCAAACAAGAGACUUAUAAUGCUUCAUGGUGCAUUUUCUUACAUUUCCCAAGUCCUCAAAUUUGGGAGCAUGGAAGGGAGAGAGUGUGCUGCUGGGACGAUUUACAGCUUGUCGUUAGCUGACGAGAACAAGGCGAUGAUCGGGGCGUCGGGCGUGAUCCCUGACCUUAUAGAAAUCCUCCAGAUUGGAAGCCCAAGAGGGCAGAAAGAUGCUGCAGGAGCUCUGUUGAAUUUGUGUAUGUACCAAGGGAACAAAGGCAGAGCUUUCAGGGCUGGGAUUGUCAAACUAUUAUUGAAAAUGCUCUCUGAUUCAAAUGGCACAUUGGUUGAUGACGCUCUUUAUAUAAUGUCAGUUCUUUGCAGCCAUCCAGAGGCCAAGGCUGCAAUGGGGCAUGCUAAUUCAUUGCUUGUUUUGACCAAUGUUCUCAAGAAGGGGUCGUCUCGCAGCAGGGAAAAUGCAGUGGCAGUUCUGCUUGCAUUGUGUAAGGGAGAUUGGGAGAAGCUGGAAUGGUUAACCAGGCUUGGCGCCGCGGUGCCGUUGAUGAAACUUUCCGAGGAUGGCACGGAGAGAGCGAGGCGGAAGGCUGCUUCAUUGUUGGAUCAACUCAGAAAAUCAUGAGCCAAGAUCAAACAGAGUUUGUGGUGUGGUUUGAGAGCUUCACCUUCUGGCCUUUUUUGGUUUGAG